UCUAGGAUCAUCUAUGGCUGUGAGAGCUAGGGAAAAAGUCCCACCCAGUAAGUUUCCAUCUCCACUAUUACACUAUACUAAUUAAUUAAUCAUCUUUCAUUUUUAUUUACUUAUAAUAUUGUGUAAAUUAGUUAUAAUUUAAUUAAUUCAAUAAUUUGUAGAUGAAUGGUGGCUUUCGUAUGGGUCUGAUGUGCCAAAUCUCCAAAUGUUUGCACUCAAGGUUUUGAGUCAAACCUGUAGCGCCUCACCAUGUGAGCGUAAUUGGAGUGCCUUUGAUCAUAUACAUUCAAAGAAGAGAAACCGUUUGCUGCAAUCAAAGUUAAAUGAUCUUGUCUACAUCCAGUACAACAAAAAGCUGCAGCAACGGUUUUUUGAGAGAAAGCACAAUGUUGGCAGUAAGAGUUAUGAUCCUAUAUUCUUAAGGGAAGUUGAUGAAAAUGAUGAUUGGGUUGUUCCAGAUGAUGAAGCACUUCAAGACCUUGUCAAUCAAGGUGAUGAUCUGACUUGGGAACAAGUACGAGCAGCACAACAAGCAACUGAGGCACGGACAAACACAAGGAGUCAAAACAGAAGGGGGAAUGUGAAUGCAUCACAGUCUGCGUAUAGACUGCUUGAUAUUGAUAUAGAUGACCCGGAAGUGGAAGAGGAAGAACAAGUGGGGAAUCUGACUACUGAAGAUCUAUUUGGAGAAGAUCUAUUUGGGGACAUGGAGGAUGAAGACGAAAAUCACGACCUUGAACCCAAUGAAGAUUAAUAUCAGACCAACUUAUUAGAAGAUUGACUGUUUUAUCACUUUUGCUUUAUGACAUUUGCUACGCCAUCAUUAGGAUAAUAGGAUUUCUAUCCUUUUAUUCACUUCUAUGCAUUUUAAGACAAUUUAAAGACAAUUUUAUUACUAUAUUUUAAGACUACUAUAUUUAAAUAUAUUAUUAUAUUUAAUUAAUACUAGGCCGAGUACUCACCGAGUAAUCCCGAGUAAUCGGUCCUACUCGCUACUCGGCCCUUGACCGAGUUGCUACCGAG